AUCCAGGCCGUUUUUUGAGGCAGCCGGGGUCUAGAUACGGGAUUAGAAAUCGCGACUCGAUUUGAAAAAUGGCGCCGGAACAACGCGCCUGAUCUGGCAUCGCCUGGACUGUCUGACAAGAUCGCAGAUUGGGAGAGAAAGAAAUCUAGAGAUUAUCAAAUCGUUACCUUCCCUUUCCCGUAGAUUCUUAUUCUCCAUCCAGUGACCAUCCCCGGCUCUGUUUCCGCCACUUGUAUCUUGUCUCUUGUUAGAUCCGUUUCCCAUUCGAAAACCCCACCAACCGCCAAACUGUUCUCCUCAACCUUUAGAAGAACUCUCCGAUCCAGCGCAUCUGGUCUCACAGUCGCUGCUGCCGCAACCGCCUUCAAGAAAAACACUCCGGUUCAACCUGCCGAACUUCAGGCCGUCACAAAAAGAAACAUGCACAGCAAAGUAGUCAUCAUCGGCUCUGGGCCGGCCGCCCACACUGCCGCCAUCUACCUGGCCCGCGCCGAGCUGAAGCCUGUACUCUACGAGGGCUUCAUGGCCAAUGGUAUCGCCGCCGGUGGCCAGCUCACCACCACGACCGAGAUCGAGAACUUUCCCGGUUUCCCCGAUGGCAUCAUGGGCCAGGAGCUGAUGGACAAGAUGAAGGCUCAGUCUGAGCGUUUCGGCACCCAAAUUAUCAGCGAGACCGUUGCCAAGGUCGACCUCUCUGCGCGCCCCUUCAAGUACGCUACCGAGUGGUCCCCCGAGGAGUACCACACUGCCGACUCCAUCAUCCUGGCCACCGGCGCCUCUGCCCGCAGACUUCAUCUCCCCGGAGAGGAGAAGUACUGGCAGAACGGUAUCUCUGCCUGCGCCGUUUGCGAUGGUGCCGUUCCUAUUUUCCGCAACAAGCACCUCGUUGUCAUUGGUGGUGGCGACUCCGCUGCUGAGGAGGCCAUGUACCUCACCAAGUAUGGCAGCCACGUUACCGUGUUGGUUCGCAAGGACAAGUUGAGGGCCAGCAGCAUCAUGGCCCAUAGGUUGUUGAACCACGAGAAGGUCACUGUCAGGUUCAACACCGUCGGUGUCGAGGUCAAGGGUGACGACAAGGGUCUCAUGAGCCACCUGGUCGUCAAGGAUGUUACCACUGGCAAGGAGGAGACUCUUGAGGCCAACGGUCUUUUCUAUGCCAUCGGUCACGAUCCUGCUACCGCCCUCGUCAAGGGCCAGCUUGAGACUGACGCCGAUGGCUAUGUUGUCACCAAGCCUGGCACUACCCUUACCAGCGUUGAGGGUGUCUUUGCUGCUGGUGAUGUUCAGGAUAAGAGGUACAGACAGGCUAUCACCAGUGCCGGUACCGGCUGCAUGGCUGCCCUCGAUGCCGAGAAGUUUUUGUCGGAGCACGAGGAAACCCCCGCCGAACACCGCGACACCAGCGCCGUACAGGGCAACCUCUAGAGUUGAUUUCUUGGAUAGACAGCGUUUCGCUUAAAAAGUUGGUUCUGAAAAUACAGGAAUGAUACCCAGAGUAUGGCCGGCAAUUUUGAAUGCUUGAAAUUUUAGAUGUGCCAUGGAAUAUAAGAGAGAUGUCGGUUUUUGCCGCACCCGGGCAGUUCGUAUAUGUAGUGUUUAUACCAAAACACCAGCGAACAAGGAUUGGUCUCGUUGGCCUUGUGGAGCUAUGACCCCCUACCCACGGAAGCACUUAAAAGUUAACAGCCUUAACGAGGAAGUCACGGAUCAUAAUGUGAUUCUCUUACAUCAAAUUGUCACACGAAGGAGGAACAGCCGUCAAGCUCAAGAGACUUCUAUCGAUCCUAACAUUAACUCGUGUACUCGUCAGGUCUACAAAUCGACGGUCUGACUAGCGCCCCGGGCUAUGUGGAUGGGAUAAAAAUUUAGCGUUGAAAGCCAUGCGGGCCUCCCGCGCAAGUGUGGGUUAGGUACAGAAGAAAAUGGUUAUCUGUUUGACUGGCAUCACCUUUCUUCAGUCGUAUCGCAAUGCGAACAACCUACUAGUU